CCGAGGACCACCGCCACGAUGCUCCUCCGUCAGCACCACCACCGCCAGCACCACCAGCAGGAGCCAGCAGGUCGGCGGUCGGGGCGGAGCAGCAGCGGCGCCAGUAGUUUAGCAGCGGACGGCGUAGGCAGCAUCGGCAUGAGGCUAGACGGGAGCAGCAGUAGCCCCGUGGAGCCUAUCAAGCCCCUUCUGGAUCUCAGUUCCGAGGGCGAGGGGGCGUCUCAGGCUGCUCCCCCCUACCCCAUGUUCGACGAAGCCGCCCCCAGGAACGUCUCCGGACUCACAGGCAACGCUGCCUACUUGCACUGCAUCGUGCAUAACCUCGGCAACAAGAGUGUGUCCUGGAUCCGCCAGAGGGACCUGCACAUCCUCACCGUCAAGCGCUACACCUACACGACGGAUCAGCGCUUCGAAGUGAUCCACUCCGAGGGCUCAAAGGACUGGAUCCUCAAGAUUAAGUACGCUCAGGUUCGGGAUUCCGGCAACUACGAGUGCCAGGUGUCCAUGAAGCCUGUGAAGUCCUACGUGAUUCAUCUGAAUAUUUUCGCUGCACCAAAAGCCAUGAUAAUUGGGGCCCCGGACAUGCAUGUUGAUAAAGGCUCAACAAUCAAUCUGACGUGCAUCAUCGCCCACAGCCCGGAACCUCCUGGCCAUAUAUUCUGGUAUCACAAUGGAAAGGUGCUGAACUACGACUCUCCAAGGGGCGGGAUCACAGAGGUCACAGAAAGGGGCAUAUCCACCACAGGCUACCUUCUCAUACAGGACGCCCGCCCUUCCGAUACAGGCAACUACUCCUGCGAGUCUUCAAAGACCGCUCGUUCCACCAUGCGCGUUCACGUCCUCAACGGCGAGACCCCCGCCGCCAUGCAGACCAACGGAGGAAGGUCCUCGCUCCUUCCGGCCGUCGGCGCCGCUCGAGGACUUCCUCUGCUUCAGGUGCUCCUUCCUUCCCUCCUCCUCCUGCUGGCGGACGGCCUCUCCUUCAGACGCUGGGGAACCUGAACACGUG